CUCACACUCACUCUCCCUCCCCUUCAGAAAGCCUUAACACAGCGCAGAGCAGAGCUGCCGGCCACAUUCGUGCGCUGGAUUGUAACAGAGAAAGAAAGCAGCCCUCCUGCAGCCCGUUGGCCCGCCACCAUGGAUGUCAAGCUGCUGGCUCUGAUGGCUCUGCUGGUCGUGGCCACACAUGUUCCAGCCUCCGAGGGAAAGCCCAUCAGUUUGGUUGAGCGGUGUUGGUGUCGCUCUACGCUCAACACCGUUCCUCAGCGCUCCAUCAAAGAGCUCAAGUUUCUCCACACACCCAACUGCCCCUUCCAAGUCAUUGCCAAGCUGAAGAGCAACAGGGAGGUUUGCAUCAACCCGGAGACUAAGUGGCUUCAGCAAUACUUAAAGAAUGCCAUUAACAAGGUGAAGAAAACCAAGAGACGCAACAGCAAGAAAAACUAAAGAAAGGAGAAGACGAUUGGCAGUUGUGCCUUCCGGCCUGACGCCCUCAGGCUGAACCUCUAUACCUCCCUCUCACUGCUAUGGAUGUAUGCGAACACGCCGUUUCCCCCCCCCCCCACACGCCUCUCUGGAGCGCUUGCAGAAGCAGCACUUCACUGUGCCGUCCACAGCACCACCCCCAACACACGCAAACGCAAUCAUGCCAUGGAAUGACAGGACGCACGCCGAUGUCAGAAAUGUGAGUUAAGUGUCGAGAGACUGACAUUGGAGAAAGCCUGCGUGUGAGUGGCGUACACAAACUAACCAGGAUGGGUGCCUGUAAAUAGAACGAUUUUAUUUUUCACACAGCCGUAAAUGAACGUUUGAAGUUUCUGUCUCAUGCAAAGCAUUGUGUUAGCGUUACGUCAUGUCAGAUUAACUUUAAAACAAGCAGCCGGCUGAGAAAAAAAAUACUCCAACGAACUUUGGAACUGCAGCUUGGACAGUUGCGAGGUCCCACGCCAAUUACAAUUCGGUAAACUGAAGAUGUGUUCAAUAUCACACAAAAGGAAAAUAAAGAUCAAUCAAAUCAGGAGAUCAUUUUUAUGUGACCUCUGCUCUUACUCUGCUAAUUAGAUUCUGUUUUCCCAUGCUAAUGCUCAGAAAAAAAAGCCCAUCUCCCCCUUCAUCAUCCCUCACGCCAACCACCUCCAUCACCACAUCCACACAUUUCUUCUUCGACCUCCCUCUUCUCUUUUCGCCCUAUUGGGACCACAGUUUUCCAAACUCAAAGGCAAAAACUUCUGCUGAUUUGAGGUGAAUGGAUGACUGAAGGGUUGUGGGGCAGAGUCAGGUAUUGGCCCGUUGCUUUCCCCAUCUCUCUGCUUUAAAUAGGAGAGCCCACACCACCACAAUGUCUGACAUCACCUUUAAGCUUGCUUCAGAAACAAAACAGAGAGGAAGCUCAGGCAAACUUAUUCUAAACAAGCACUGGUCUUGUGGUGCUAUAUACUCAAGAUAAUGGUCAAAGCCAUAUAUUUGUGCUUCACUGUUUAUUUUAUGCAAGAUUAUGAGAUGGGACGUGUUGACUUAACCAUUCACUGAGUGAUUAAAGGGCUACUGUUAGGUUCUGUUCAGGCAAUACAAGAAAAUCAGGAAUAAAAUACAGACACAGUUCAUUUCUUUUUAAUUGAUGGACAAUUUUGUGGAACAAAAGUGAUUCAUUUGUUCAGGAAUUCACAAAAAGUAGACAUUUUUCCACCUAAGAAUUUGUGACUUUCUGUUGAAGUGUGGUUAGGAAAAGAAGGUUGUACAUCAUUCAAUUCAGAGAAAUCGGAGAAGUAUGAUUACAAUGGCAGUAUUUUUAUACCAACACCUUUCCUUGGCAGGAAUGAAAAGCUAAUAUGAUUCUCAGAAAUUUCUAAUGAUAAACGUCGUAAAGGGAAAGUUAGUCUUGGUUGUUUUUUUUAUUUUGAUUUUAUAUGACUAUAUAUUUGAGCCACUUUAUUAUCAUGUUUUUAUGUAUUUGUUAUUUUUGUGUAUGUAUAAUCUUACUAAAUGCUUUUUUAAUACAUGUUUAGUAGGUAGGCUCUACUAAAUGAAGGCUAUUCCAAAAUGUGCAGUGUUAAACUACAUUUCUAAGUAUUACCAGUCAUACACAGUUCAAAUCCUGUAUCUGCAUGUGUGUUUCAAAGUAUGCAUUUCCUGCUCUCCCAUUUCUGGCUCUUACAAAGGAAUUAAAUACCACCAUGAUCGCAACUGUCUUGGUGAACUGUAGUUUUUCACCUAGGUCAUUUUUCUCCCAAUAAUGUGUUUUGUUAACGUAAUCAAACCAUUUCUGUUAAAUCCAAGAUGUGAUGAUUGACAACAAAAGUUGUUGUUAUCUGUAAAUUAAUUUAGAAAGAAAACAAUUCAUCCAACCAGUCGCUCCCAAGAACAAUCAACUUUUUUUUUCCCAUCCUGACUUUAUUCGACGUAUGAUGUUUCAAAAGAGCCACUGAGCCAAAUCUGAACAAAACAUCAAUUGAGAUGUGAGCGACCAGCAUGUGCUUUCAAUCUGGACCGUCCCGGCUUCCAGCAGGCUUACUUUUCUCAACUGUUUCUGCGCUGCAAAUACAAUUUUUCCUCAAAAUCUGUUAUAGAAGUACAGGUAGUCAUGAUAAUUUUCUUGUGGUCUUUGUUUUGUUUUGCCCUGUUUUGUAAUAACUGAGCGAUCUUAUCAAUUUCAAGUUAAUGGUGCAAUACUCCUGUAAUUAAUUUCUCAUAGAUGUAAUACAAAUUAAUGACCAUUAGUUUUAGGUAAUUAUGUUAAUUAACGUAAACACAUGCUUAAAUAAGAUAAAGGAGUUUUUAAUAGACUUACAUGCAAAAGUAAAGUCUGGACAUGGUUAUCAUGCAGGCUCAUUCCAGAAUUAACCACACUCGAUAAUUCAUUGACUGACUUCUAGAAAGAAGUUCAACCUGUCCAUGUUUAUUGUUGUAGUUGUAUUAAAGAAACAAGUAGCUUGAUUCCCAGCAUUAAACUAAACUGAAUUAACAAGAAACAUGUUUACUGAAAUGGUAACAGCAGAUAGGUUGCUUAAUUUAUGUGAUGUAAAUUAGAUGAAUGUAGUAAUGAGUAAGUCCUGUGAGUAGACGUAAAGUGUGAUGCCUGCAGUAAAACUUAUCCCAUGCAGACAUUGAGCAGCAUUUACUGAACGGUCAGACAAACAGGUUAGGUUACAUUCAUGAUUCCAAGGUUAACACUGUAUGGUGAUAAAUGAAAUAAAUGUUUUUUUUUCCUCUGGACUCCAAGAGAAUGUGAAAUGACUAACAAAACUUUCUUUUGAGGCAGCUUCAGACAUAUAAUGCAUAUAGGACAAAUGUAUAAGAGUAUUACUCUGUAUGGUCACUGCCUGUAAACCAAGAGACAGUAUUUAAGCUGCGAUAUCUAUGCUCAUUUUUCAAUAAAGUCAUAUUAAACAAAAACCUG